AUGGAAGUAAGCUUGUGGGCAAUUGAGUUGUUGAUGAAAGAACGAGCAAGAGAAAUUGUUCAGCGAUGUGGAUGUCGGCUACAUGAGACACAUGGUUUGCCAUGUAAAUGUAAGAUGGAUGCACUUAGUGAUGCCGGCAUGGAGUUACACCCUCACCACUUACAUCGAUUCUGGUCAUCUUUGGUGCAUGAGAGUCCUCCUGAUGGUGCAAAAUGGGAGGACCAUGAUGCCACUGAGCGUGGAAUUUUUGCAGCCAUGGUGGAGGAUGUGUACAGGCAAGGACCAGCUGCUGUCCGGAAGGCAUCUCAGUUACUACUCCCUCAUAUUCGUCCACAAGUUGCAGGCCUAUUAGAGCCUAGAGAGUCAGAGGCUCCAAAGGGACGACCACAACCAGACGGGCAAUGUGGUUUUCGAGCCAUGUCACAUGUGAUUUAUGGAGACGAGGAACAAUACUUACAAAUGAGGCAAAAUCUUGUCACAGAAAUCAAUGAUCAUAGGUCUAUCUAUGAGGGGGUUUAUCUUUACAGAGAUGGAUCGUUGGAGGCAACAUGUCAUAGGCUGGAUCGUCGGACUGCUGGGAGUUGCACACAAGAGUAUUGGUUUGAGGAGGUGGAUUUGCUGACAUUCGCAACCCUAUACAACUGUGCAAUUGUUGUUUAUGGACUGUAUAAUGAACGAACCACGUAUGGGUACACAGUCUUACCUUCGACGGCGCCGGAAGGGGUCACUCAACCUAGUCAAGUUAUAACUCUUGCUUUUACUGGGGCACAUUGGGUGCGACUAUAUUUUGGCAAAGUUGAUGGGGUCACACCAAUACCUCAUUUUAGUCCACAGUGGUCUCACUUUCGGGAUAUGCUAAGAAUUGCUGAUUGGGAUUCGUUAUACGAGCCAGGGCGACAAUUGUAUGUCGAUCUCGGAGGACAUCAUCCAGCGAAUGACGAUGACAAGAGUGAUUAA